GGUUCACCACCUGCACUCCAAACUGCCUUCUUCAUUUUUUCCUUCUCACGCUUGCGCUGAUCAACACCUUCGAAUUCCGUUCAUUCCGACUCUCUUCGUUCACAAACAAUGGGGAACCAAACCGCUCCUCGUCCACUUCCACGUCUCUUUGUCUUCUUCCUUCUCUCCCUCCUCAUCCUCGCUUCCCUAAGCGCGAAGUUUCUCCUACCCGUCGACGCCGCGCACCGGAGGAUCCACGUCGACGACGACCUCGACGACGUGAUCGACGACGAGGAGGACGAGUCCUGGAGGCAAUGGGGCCAGAAGUCGACGCCUUCUCCUUCCGACGAAGAGUUCGAUCCUCCUCCGGAUUUGUCGAGCGUGGAUUUGGGCCAGUUUCAGGAGGAGAUGAUGAGGCGUCACUCCGGGCCCACCUUCGGGUUCGUGAAGCUCCGACUGGGCGUUCCUCGGACCCGGGAUAUGGUGUCUGAGAUCGCUAUGAAGUGGACCAAAGUUUUAAAGACAGGAGCUGUUGAGGUGAAGUUCAUGGGCAUUGAUCUUAAUACGAUCAUGUUCACCAUGGUCAAAGGCCAAGACACACUAGAGUUGAAGGAGUUUUUGCUGGACCAACGAGAAGCAUAUGAGAUAAAGAUUGGAGAUCAAGCAUUCCGACGACCUGGAGAUCCACCUCUGGAAGAAGUUCUCGAGAUGCUCCACAAAGAGAAGGAACCCAGUAAAAUCCCAGGAGAAAAUGAAGGGCGGUUGAAAGAAGAACUGUAGGUGGUAGGAAUCACCUCAAUGAAGCUUCCAACAGAUGAACAGUAAAAUGCUGUGUGCUUAUCAAGGGCCAGAAAAG